AUGCCUGACACUAUCAUAGGGUUGAAUGCUAAAUUUCUUAAACUAAUUAAAAAUCAGCCUGUCAUUUUUUAACUUUUAAACUGCAGAAGAUGAAAGAGUAUGGGGCAAGGCAAAGACCAAUUCUGGCCUUUGGGAGAUGGAACAAUCUGUGAUGGGUCUAGGAGUUCUUAAAGAGAAAGCCCAUUAUGCCUUGGGCUAUUCUACAAUGAAAGAAUGGCUGGCCAUAUUGAUAUGCUGUCUUCGGAAUGGAUCCUUUUCAUACAUAUAUAUAUAUAUAUGGCAGCCUAUGGAAGCCAUUCUUGGAAACUGUGAGUGUCAAUUGCAACUUUUAAGAGAUCUGCCUUGGACCCAGAAAAUAUAUGAAAAACAAUGAUGACAGAGAGCAUUGACUGGUUACAGAGCCAGAGUGGAUUGUGUAAAGUUGAUCGUUAUGCCCCCAGUGAUGAAGAGGAACAGAAUUGGACAACUGACUCAGCCAAGCUUUUCCAGCAAACUUCCUCUGAUCCACUCAGAGUCUUAAGUUGGCUCCAAAAAGAUCUGGAAAAGUGUGCAAUUGGAGUCCAAAAUGUGCUGAAUGCCAGUAAUAAUGCUGGCGGUGCAAGGGAGCCAUCUACAGGGAGGCAAAGCAUGCCACAACGAAAUGUCCAUUCCCCGGGUGGUUACAGUGUCUGUGAUGAGGAAUUCAGUGUGAACGUCAGCUCUGAUAGAGGUUCUCCCAACUUCCACUUGGCAAUGAAGGCUGCUUGUCAAAAAGAAUCAAAGGAUGAAGAAAGUGAUAGGUCUACUUCACCAAACACAAAUCCUGAUCCAGAUGACGUAUCUUUUUAUUGCAAUAGGCUUUCUAACCUUGCCAUAGCAAUGGCACGGAAAGAGAUGAAUGAUCGGUCAGAUGGCAACAACACAUGCAUACACAAGUCCCUUUUUGCUGCUGCUGGGGACCAUGGCUGCAGGUCUGUUGGGGUGGGUACAGAAGACUGCAAGCACAAUCCAUCCAAGAUGUGUGAAGGAAGUCCCACUUCUAAGAAGAAAACCUCAUUUUAUUACAAAGAAGAAAAUACGGAAAUACCUAAUAAAAGUGAACCUUACAGGGAUGGGACCAAAGGCUGUAACCAUAGGAAACGCUUUGGUCCAGACGAAAAUACCAAUUCACUGAGCAAAGGAAUAUUGGUUUAUGCCAAUAAUGUGGUUUCAGAUAUGAUGGUCUCUGUUAUGAAGACCAUGAAAGUUAAAGUGAAUGACUCAAAUAUAGCUUGUGCAGUGUUGAAAAAGGUACUCCUGAAGCAUUCCAAAGAGGUUGUGUCUGAUCUGAUAGACUCCUGCAUGAAAAACCUACAUGAUGUCACUGGAACACUCAUGACUGACUCUGACUUUGUUUCAGCAGUAAAGCGGAGUCUUUUCACACAGGGAAGUCAAAAGGCCUCUGAAAUUGUCCAAGCUAUGUUAAAUAGGUUACAUAAUGCUUUGAUUGUACAAAAACAGGUGAGUGAGAAGGCAAAGUCUCAGAGCAUGGCGUUUGCAAGUGUCAAGACAGGGCCAGGAAUUGAUGCAAAGACUCAAAACAUGAGGUUUUCUGCCACAAAAACAGAAUCAGUUAAAGGAAAAGAAAUAAGCUGUGCAGAAACAGUUGGCAAUCACAUUAUAAAGGAGGGCCUCACCAUGUGGCACCAGAAACAACAGAAUGACAAUGGAGGAUCAAAUCCCCAGUCAUCAAAGGCUGUGUGGAAUCCAGAAAACCAAGAUCUCGCUAACUUCUCAACAGAUUCCUGGGCAAGAGACCUAAUAGUAACAGCAUUACUGCUGAUACAGUAUCAUCUAGUCCAGCAGGAGAAUGCAAUGAAGGAUGCAGCUGAAGGAGGCAGGACCAGCAAGGCAGCUGGUACCACUUUGGGGUUUAUGUCUCAAGAAAAAGGUGGCACCACCUCCAUACUAUCUUCAUCAAAGCAGUUUGACUCAUUGAAACAAAGUGACGAUGAGCAGUCUGAGACAAAUGCUGAAAAUGAUAUGUCAAGUGUUGUAGUAAUGCUCAUGCAAAAGCUCAUUAAUGAAACAGUCAACAAAUUAGGAGGAAAUGCUGGGAGUCUGAUGGCAGAUGAGGCAUACAAGAGUUCUUACAAAUGCCCUGAGGCACCAGGGCCUUCGGGUCUUUCAGAAGUCGAUCAUUCCUAUGAGGAGGCCAUAUCUGGACUGACCAAAAUGAUUCUGGAUCAAUUUGAUGUCAACAGAAAGGAAGGAGGCAGCGGGCCAUUCAUUGACAACCUAGUGGAUACAGUGACCAAAUUGUGUCUCAUGAUAGCUAAAUACAGCAAUCCUGAGUCAGGUCUUGGAGACAUGGGAGAUGGAGAAGAUGAUGGUGGGCCUGUGUAUUCAAAGGGCACAGAGACUGGGGAAAGUCGAAUAGGGUCAGGUGAAGACACUACUUCUGAUCGCAAAGUGGUUGUGACCAAUCAGAAUGCUCCUGAAAACAUUCACAACAAACAGCUUCAAGCCAUCCUUCAGUGGGUGGCAGCCUCUCAGUUAAACGUCCCUGUGUUGUACUUCAUGGAUGAUGAUGAAGACACUCUGAAUAAGCUUCAACAACUCUCCACAGUGGCAGUGGACAGGGGCUACAGCGUAGGAGAAGUGAUGCAAGCCGUUCUAAAGUAUGAGAAAGACAGGCAGCUGGGGGAGGCACUGGGCAACUUUGUGCGGUUGCCAGUACUGGACUGGCUGCUUCAGAAUCUGUGAACACAGCAGUCUCUCUCCUGUCCUCUCUGAUUGCAAGCUUCUCUUCCUUCACAGCCUUAAUUGCCACAACACUCAUUUGUCAGAUAUGAUAUGAGUUUUACUGAACUUCCCCCUGCUGAGCAGUCAUAUGAAUAAAGACUUAAAUGGUAGAACAGUUAUCAUUCCUAGGACUUUCAGCUAAAUGGGAAAUUUUAGAUGAAUUGUUUUUCUUGUGGUAGAUAUUCGGUUGCAAAUGUUUAAAAUACUGUACUCUUUGUCACCAAUGCUAUUUGUACAAUAUUCAACUUACAGUUUCUCUAGACCAACGAGGAUUAUCACUGGGGCCGCAAUGCACCAGGAAGUUCUCCUGUUGAAUUCUUACUGACUGCACUAAUGAACUGAAGUUUCACAGAAGCACAAUAGUUAUUUUUUAUUUUAUUUAUAUAUACAAAUUUCACAAAGGAGAAAGAAAAACAAGAGAGGAAAGUGAAGGAGAAGUAUGAGCUCACAGUAAAAAUACAAUAACCAUCAUACAUCUAUCUUAAUUUAAACAUAUAAACUGAUGUAAGCCAUACAGAUGUCCAGAUAAGUAUUCACACAAGAUUGACGUUUAUUACACAAUUGUCUAAACACUUCACCAUCCUUGCUACAUUUGCACAUAUUUUGUAUAGACUAUGGGUGCUUAUCCUUCCAUGCUUGAAGUAUAAGUCUCUUAGCAACCAUAAGAGCUCACAAAAUCUACUUCUAUUGUCCUGUAAAUCCCCAUAUUAUAGGAAUGUAAUUUAAAGCACAUUGACAUAUCAAGGAGUUCACCAGUACAAAAUCAAAAUCAAUGCUGAAUCAAUCUCGGUUUCAAAUCUGUAUAGAUUCCAAAGCAUUUAUAAAUAACAGUUACAGGUUUAGCUUUCAGUGAAGAUCCAGUAAUUCCCUUUGCAAUUUAGGAGAUGCUGAAGCACUCAGAGCAGAUGGUCCAUAGACAGACACCAACAGGUGUUGUAACUGAAGAUAUUCACUGGCAAAUAAUAUUUAAACUGCAGUGCAGGAAAAGACAAAAAAUUCCAUCUUAGUCUAUCAGCUGAUCUAAUGCAUAGCACUCACAAUCAAUCCGUUUUGUUCACAAAAAAGGUUGCUUCUCUAUAUUCAAAUCUGGAUUACCCCCAAAAGUUAAUUUAGUGUGAGCAUGUGGGUCAAAUUGUAACUAACGAGACAUCCCUCUUGUUGCUGAAAAUGAAGGUGGUACAGGUCCUUUCCUUGUUACAUAUGUGGAUGCCAAACAUGCCCAUCCAAAAUGGCGUUUUAUGUAAGCCAUCUCUAAAAGACCUAUGCUGGGGUAUUCAUAGAAAAAGAAAAUUGCCAAUCAUUUUUGUGUACUAAAAUAUAUGCCUUAUGGUACAAACUAGUGUCUGGAAAAUUAAAUCCUCCCGAUAUUUAUUUAUUAUUUUAUUUAUAUCCCGCCCUUCUUCCCAGCAGGAGCCCAGAUAUUGGCAGCUGCAUUCUCUUAAAUGAGAAACAAGAUAGGGAAUUGUCCCAGAUAAACUUCCAAAAUAGCCCAGUUUUUGAAAUAUGCUUUGGGAAAUAUGUAAAUACCAUAUAGCACAUAUAUUAUCCAUGGCACAAUGUUCAUUUUAAGUGUAUUAACCUUACCUCAGAUAAUAAAUUUUAGUGUUCAUAUUUCCAAAUCACUAGAAAUCCCUUUAAGAGACCUAUUUAAAAUAUCAAGAAUGAUAAUUUUACCAAUAUUUCCUUUCAAAAUAACAAUAAAUCCUUUCAAAAUAUCAGUAUUAGUAUCAGUAUUUUCACUGGGGGGAAAACAGGUCAGUAAAAGCAGCAGCUAAGGAAAGAAAGAAUGAACUUGAAUCGAUUCAGGCCUGUCAGGUGAAGCCUUUGAGCCAGUACCAGCAAACGGAUCCCAUCCCUAGGGCGGACAGGGAAGCAACCUGGAUCCAAAGGCAUCUCUGUCUCCUGAUAUGUCCCCAAAUAAGGGAGCAGUGUAGAUCAGGAAAGAUCAGCCUCUGUACCUGAGGACUGGAAAGUGGCCAAUGUAACUUCAGUUUUUAUUAUUAUUAUUUAUUAGGCUUAUAUCCCGCCCAACUAGCGAUAGCUCUCUGGGCGGUGAACAGAUACAGGGGGGAUUAGGGUAAUUAUGGGCUGGCUAUGUUAACAUCUGUGGUGUAAAAGGACAUUGCAUUGUCUGUUAAUAUGUGGAAUGCAUCAGUCUAUCCCUUUAAUGCCCCAUUUGUAGCCUCUUUUGGGGUCUGAAGGUACACAGCUGUAGAGCUGCGUAUUAGCUCAUGAAUUGUGAACUCUCACAGGAGGACACACGUCCUUUCUCUAUUAGGUCACUCACCACUAGACUACAGGAGAUGACUCGUUUGAAGGAGUCCUCCUUUGAAGUCUGACAGAAAGGUCAGCUGGCCUAGUAGCAAUUGUGGCUGCCGUGUUGCUCUGCUGACUCACUCACUGCUUGCUGGCUGUAAAGGUACACAGAGACCGAGGGAGACAGCAGGUAUCCACGCUCACACGUUAGUGGUACAGACUCUGUGAAGGCCUAGGGAGGGCUGCUGGACUGUAACCCCUAGGAGGCCCCUUUCAUUGCAAUACUGUGGGGAAGGGGGGGCUCUAUCUGCUAUGAAGGACUUUUAUGUGAUGCUGAGGUCCUUCAGGUAAUGCUGAAUAAAAGCCACAUCAAUUAGCACAGCUGGUGUCAAACAUUAAUUGCUUAUCUAAUUUCAUCACAAAAGAACAUCUCCCCUCCCCCAGCAAAUCCAAGGGGUGACAGGAAAACUGGCAGAGAGCAUUGCAGCUACUCCACAGUGGAUGUGGUGGUGGCAGGGGAAGCCAGCAUUGAGGGAGGCACCAGUUUUAGCCCUUUUAUUAUUAAAGGAUCAAUUAUAACCAGAAAGGUAAUUAUGAAGAUAUGGAAGAAGGGUGGUGAUAGGGCUCAACCUGCCCCAUCCCCCAUGUUAUUACACACAUUAAAACCCCAUUCCCAUUGUUAGAUUUAUAUAUUCCCAUAAUCAAUAGUUUUGGCUACAUUUAUAUCAAUGGUUUUGAUUACUGCUUAAAUGCAAUCAUAUAUGCCAGUGGGCUCAAUUUAGGUCUCAGGAAAAUAUUUUGGUUUUGUCAGCUUAGUGGUAUAACUUAUGUGAAAUUUUAAAAUGUUCCCAACAGUUAGUAAAAUAAAGAGGAAGCCCAGAUGGCAUGUGGCUUACUAGGUGCUCUGUGGUUAAGCAUCAGGCAGUAUGUGGUCAGGCACAUAUAUUGCUUCUGCAAAUUAUCAGUCUGCUGAUUUUGCAAGGUAUUUUGAAAGCAUAUGUAAUGACAGUGGAGGCUGGUGGACCCUAGGCCUAGUGGGACGCCUGUGUAGUUGCAUAACUGGAGCCUGUUAGGUCCCCAUCCUUCUCCCUUGCAAACAGAUAGUGGGAACUUAAGCAGUACAGUCCUACAAAUACUUGGCACCUAGUGUCUUACCUUGGUUCAGAAGGAGUCCCUGCUGUUGCAGUUACAUUCAAGGGCUCACAGCAUUAACACUCCAACAGAUCUUGCUUCCCCAUUAGGUUUCCUAGACCCCCACCUCCCUCAAAGCCAUAGCUUUGGUUCCAGCACAGAAAGCAAGUGAGGCUAGCCCUGGACUAUUGUUUUCUUACCUAUAAGAUGACAUGGCCUCCAGCCAGGUAAGGAAUGGAAGGCCUACCCCUUCCUUCUGGAGGCAUCACUGGCUAGUUGUUUCUCUGACCACUCCAGCAGAAUCCAAUCUUACAUAUUUAAAACCACAAGUUUGGAAGGGCCCUAAAGACAUUAUCCAAACCAAAUCCACCCGCACCCACCCCUGAUCCUAUAACAUUAUCAUCUUAACAUAUAUUCUGGCAUAAGGUUACAUGGGAACCAUUGGUCCCAGGCUAUGGUCUGAUGGCACAUGAGGCCAGCAGGUCUGGUCAGUGCCUGGAUGGGAGACCGCCUGGGAACCAUAUGUAAGCUGCCUUGGGUUUCUAUCAUGAAAAGAAAGGUGAGGUAUAAAUGUAAUAAAUAAAUAAUAAAUAAAUACAUGUAUUCACCCAUACAUUUAUCAGUGAUCACUAUCAUCAUUAUUAAAGCAUGCAUUCUGGCGUAAGUGUGUAUAGGACAGCAACCUGCAUUUCAACAGAAGCUUCAAUUAUUUCCUUUCCCUCUACAAGCAAUGGAUUCUCACUCCCUCCAAGCAGCCCCCCACUCUCACUUCAACAAAAGCCUCCAGAAUUCUUUCCCCCUCCUAAAUUGGAAAUAAAAGGCUCAGAGGAAGAGAAAGAAGGCCAUGCUGCCAACCACAUGAACUGAGGCCCUCAAUUUCUCUUGAUCCACCCAUAAAAAAGGUCUCCUAUUCUGUAGCUGCCAUCUUCUUUCCACAUUUUAUUUAUUUAUUUAUUUAUUUUAUUUAUAUACCGCCCUAAGCCCGAAGGCUCUCUGGGCGGUGUACAGAAAGAUAAAAACAAGCACAACAGUCCCCUCAGCCUUCCGUUACAUAGAAAAAGGCCCUCAAGAAAGGGCCAAGAAGGACACCAGUGCUUCACCUGUGGAAGCUAGCAUCUCCUCUCUCACAUACUCCACCUUUGCCAAGGAGGAAAGAUGUGCUGCUGUGGUAUAAAUAGAUUGGUUGGCCACCAUUUCUCUCACC